GGCUAUUCGAGUUUCGCAACUUCCUGGGCCCUUGCGUGGACGAGAUAUUUCGCCGGCUCGGCGUCGUUCCAGGUACGGAAAUGAAGUAAGCAUCAAUGGAUGUCGCUAUUCUCAGAACCUCUACCUCGUCUAGUAAAAUCGAACUCCAACAUAAAGUAUUCUUGAUGCCUUAAGACGUUGGUGAAAAAUGGCAAAUCAAAAUUGGUUGAAUUUUUUUAUUUUUUCAUAUAGCAACUUGGUUUGAUUGCAACUGCUAGAUACAGUUUUAAAUGGUGGAACUCGUUCUCUUUUCCAUCGAGUUUUGGAUUUGUCGGAGAUGGUUAUUCUAGUCAGUCUUAGUGAACAAACAAUGGGUAGUGAAUUUGAAAGUAGAGAUGUCGUCUUCACACAACAUGCCUUACCACCUUUGGUUUCUCUUCAAGUAAGGCACAACUUGCUAUUGCUUGGUCUUGGUGUUUAACCUCGUUGUAAUUUAGAUCUUUUUCAAACGUAUUUGUUGUUUGCCUGUGCAGAAUAUCGUCCGCGAAACGCCAUCAAGAAACCAGAACCUGACAAAAGCACUGCUUCUUUAUGAUGAUAGGUAAGUAGAUUGAUGAUGAUGUUCAUGCUAGCUCAUGUUCUGCUUCUAAUAUUUUUCGAGUAUGAUUCUUAGUUAGGUCUGAUACUUGGCCACCGAUGACAGUAUCCGAAAAAGAGAUCCUUAGAUAGAUUAGAAAUUACAAUCACCAAUCGAUCGCGAAUUUGAAUCUCACGUCAUUCGACUUGGUCUUUGAUGGCCAUUUCGGAUUCCGUUAGAAUCCAAGUUCUUUAGCUAGAUGAUGAUAUACCCAGUUCUUUAGCUAGAUGAGUUCUUUAGCUAGACAUUUUUCUACCUCUCCAUUGUUGAAAACAAGCAGACGAGAUCGAUUGUGUAUGUUUCAGUAUUCUGCUAGCAUAUAAUUUUAAUUCCUGUACCUCUUAUUCGUUUCCUUGUGAUUUCCCUCAUUUCAGAAACCGUCUAAAGUUCUCGCUUCGCUUUCCUAACCCUGAAGCAAAACCCUCACUCUCCUUCAUGGUUUUUUUGGGGAGCACUUGUAUCACCCCAACGUUGAACAUAACGUUGCCCUUGCCAUAUAGAUACUUUUAGUUUUAAGUACAGAAACUACCUGUUCCUUGUCCUUGAUGUUCCUUGUCCACCCUCACAUCACACUUAAAUACAUUGAUUUACU